AACACACACACAAGAAGCUUGCUAGAGUUAAGAUGGCGGCAUGUUGGUGAGGAGGCUGUGCUCUAAACUCGAGUUUUCUCACCAUUAAACGAUUCCUAUGAAUCCGAAAAUAGACAGUAGUCGAAAGAACAACAACUACCAUAUCUUUCGCACGCCUGGGUGUGAUUUAGGAUUGCCCCCAUGACAUCUAUACACUUCGUGGUUCACCCGUUGCCCGGGACUGAGGAUCAGCUCAAUGACAGGCUCCGUGAAGUUUCCGAGAAACUAAACAAAUAUAGUUUCAUUAGUCAUCCACAUCUUAACCUCCUGGAGCAGGCCACAUUGAAACAAUGUGUUGUUGGGCCAAACCAUGCUGGGUUUCUUCUAGAGGAUGGACGUGUGUGUAGAAUCAGCUUUGCUGUUCAGCCUGAUCGCCUGGAGCUGAGCAAACCGGAGGGCGGUGAUGGUUCAAAGUUGAGCACUGGUUCAGGGACAGGAAGGAGCUCCAGGCCAGGCAGGACGAGUGAUCCUCCCUGGUUUCUGUCUGGUUCUGACACACUGGGCAGACUGGCAGGCAACACCCUUGGGAGUCGCUGGAGCUCUGGUGUAAAUGGAGGCAGUGGCGGAGCUGGAAGUGGUGGUGCAGCAGGUGGGGGUGGAACAGCUGGGGGUGCCAGUGGGAGUGGAGGGAGUGGAGGAGGGGGUGGAGGAGGAGGAGGAGGUGGAGGAGGGGGCGGAGGUGGAAGUGGCAGUGGAGGCACUUCUGGCAGGUCAUCAACGGCAGCUCGUGACUCCCGCCGGCAGACCAGGGUGAUCCGCACUGGAAGAGAUCGGGGAUCAGGUCUUCUUGGUAGCCAGCCUCAACCAGUCAUACCAGCCUCAGUCAUCCCUGAAGAACUCAUAUCCCAGGCCCAAGUCGUCCUUCAGGGGAAAUCGAGGAGCGUGAUCAUUCGGGAACUCCAGAGAACCAACUUGGACGUCAACCUGGCUGUCAACAACCUGCUGAGCAGAGAUGAUGAAGAUGGAGAUGAUGGAGAUGAUACAGCCAGCGAGUCCUACCUCCCUGGAGCAGAGGACCUGAUGUCCUUAUUGGAUGCAGACAUUCACUCAGCCCACCCCAGUGUGAUUAUUGAUGCAGAUGCUAUGUUCUCUGAGGACAUAAGUUACUAUGGAUACCCCUCUUUUCGGCGAUCCUCUCUGUCCCGCCUAGGAUCAUCCAGAGUUCUCCUUCUUCCCUUAGAGCGCGACUCUGAGCUGUUGCGUGAACGCGAGUCUGUGUUGAGAUUACGUGAGCGCCGAUGGCUGGAUGGUGCCUCGUUCGACACGGAGAGAGGAUCCACUAGCCGUGAUGGAGAACCCUGCUUGGACAAGAAGAGCAUCCCAGUUCAGAGCCCCGUUUCCCUUGGAGAGGAGCUGCAAUGGUGGCCUGACAAGGAUGGUGUGAAAUUUGUCAGCAUUGGGGCCAUGUUCUCUGAGUUGGUGGCUGUCAGCUCUAAGGGAGAACUUUAUCAAUGGAAAUGGAAUGAACCAGAGCCCUACAGGAAUGCCCAGAACCCUUCCAUUCAUCAUCCACGUGUGUCUUUCCUGGGGCUGGCCAACGAGAGGAUCACCUUAUUGUCAGCCAAUAGUAUCAGAGCCACUGUAGCAACAGAGACCAACAAGGUGGCAACUUGGGUUGAUGACACACUAAGUACAGUUGCCGCUAAGCUUGAGCACACUGCCCAAGCUUUUCCUGAACUUCAGGGAGAGCGAAUGGUGUCCCUCUACUGCUGUGCACUCUACACUUGUGCACAGUUAGAGAAUGGCCUCUACUGGUGGGGUGUUGUGCCUUUUAGUCAACGGAAGAAAAUGCUUGAAAAGGCCAGGGCCAAGAAUAAAAAGCCAAAGUCUAGUGCUGGCAUUUCCUCAAUACCCAACAUCACUGUGGGAACCCAAGUAUGCCUGAGGAAUAACCCUCUCUACCAUGCUGGGGCAGUGGCCUUUUCAGUAAAUGCAGGGAUUCCCAAAGUUGGUGUCCUAUUGGAGUCUGUGUGGAACAUGAAUGACAGCUGCAGGUUUCAGCUGCGCUCGCCAGAGAGCCUAAAGAACAUGGAGAAGACCACUAAAACCCAAGAAACAAAGUCAGUUUCAUUGUAUCCCCCAUUUUACAGCAAACAAACGCAAAUUUGUUUUGACCUGCCUGAAAGCAAGUCAGAGUUGGUGAAGACUGAGAUGGGCCCGCCUCCUUCCCCAGCUUCCACAUGCAGCGAUACCUCGUCCAUCGCAAGCAGUGCUUCACUGCCAUACAAGCGAAGGCGCUCCACCCCAGCCCCAAAGGAAGAGGAAAAAGUGAAUGAAGAACAAUGGCCUCUUCGUGAGGUGGUGUUUGUAGAAGAUGUUAAAAACGUCCCUGUGGGAAAGGUGCUGAAAGUAGAUGGUGCAUAUGUUGCGGUGAAGUUUCCAGGGACAACUAGCAGUGUGAGCAACCAGAGCACUACUGCCCCCCCGGACUCUGACCCAUCUUCAUUGCUCCAGGACUGUAGGCUCCUCAGAAUAGAUGAGCUGCAGGUGGUCAAAACUGGGGGAACUCCAAAGGUUCCUGACUGUUUUCAGCGCACACCCAAAAAGCUCUGUAUCCCAGAAAAGGCAGAGAUCCUGGCUGUUAAUGUUGAUUCCAAAGGAGUCCAUGCAGUACUCAAAACUGGAAAUUGGGUUAGGUACUGUAUCUUUGACUUGGCCACUGGCAAAGCUGAGCAGGAGAAUAACUUUCCGACGAGCAACAUGGCUUUCCUAGGACAGAAUGAGCGUAAUGUGGCCAUCUUUACUGCAGGACAGGAAUCUCCCAUUAUUCUUCGAGAUGGAAAUGGCACCAUUUACCCAAUGGCCAAAGACUGCACGGGUGGAAUUCGGGAUCCCGAUUGGCUCGAUCUGCCACCUAUAAAUAGUCUGGGAAUGGGUGUGCACUCUCUUGCCAAUCUGCCCUCGAACUCCACCAUUAAAAAGAAAGCUGCUAUUAUCAUUAUGGCUGUUGAGAAGCAGACGCUGAUGCAACAUGUUUUGCGAUGUGACUAUGAAGCAUGUCGGCAGUAUCUGGUGAACCUUGAACAGGCCUUUCUGUUGGAUCAGGGCAGCCAUGCCCUCAGUGCACUACUUGGCCACCGUUGUGAUGGAAAUCGCAACAUUCUGCAUGCUGCUGUAUCUGUAUGCUUCCCUGUUAGUAACAAGGAAACCAAAGAAGAGGAGGGUAAGCCUGAGGCUGAAAGGUCAGAACGAAACACAUUUGCAGAGCGCUUAUCUGCUGUAGAGGCUAUUGCAAAUGCCAUCUCUGUUGUCUCCAGCAACAGCUCUGGAAAUAGGACUGGCUCCUCUAGUAGUAGAGGGCUUCGGCUGAGAGAAAUGAUGCGGCGCUCCCUCAGGGCUGCCGGCCUUGGCCGUCAUGAGUCUGGUCCAUCCUCCAGUGACCACCAGGACCCUGUGUCGCCACCAAUUGCUCCACCAAGUUGGGUCCCUGAUCCGCCGCCCAUGGACCCUGAGGGUGACAUUGACUUCAUUUUAGCACCACCUAUGGGUUCACUAACCACAGCCUCCACUGGGACCAGCCAGGGCCCGAGCACUUCUACCAUACCAGCAGGACCAUCCACAGAGCCAUCUGUUAUUGAAUCGAAGGACAGGAAGGCCAAUGCCCAUCUUAUACUGAAGCUGAUGUGUGACAGUGUUGUUCUAAGACCACAUCUGCGUGAACUACUGUCUGCCAAGGAUGCACGUGGAAUGACCCCCUUCAUGCUGGCAGUCAGUGGAAGGGCCUACCCAGCAGCCAUUACUGUUUUGGAGGCAGCACAAAAAAUGGCCAAAGGCGACCCAGGCAUUGCAGAAAAGGAGGACUCAGACUCUGUUUUCAUGGAAAUGAUUUGCCCCCUGGGAACUAACCCUGACGAUUCCCCCCUUUAUGUCCUCUGCUGCAAUGACACAUGCAGUUUUACUUGGACUGGAGCCGAGCACAUUAAUCAGGACAUUUUUGAGUGUCGGACGUGCGGGUUACUUGAGUCUCUUUGCUGCUGCACUGAGUGUGCCAGAGUGUGUCACAAAGGACACGACUGCAAGCUCAAAAGGACCUCUCCCACGGCAUAUUGUGAUUGCUGGGAGAAAUGCAAGUGUAAAACACUGAUUGCUGGACAAAAGGCUGCUCGCCUGGAUUUGCUGUACAGGUUGCUCACUACCACUAAUUUAGUUACUGCACCAAACAGCAGGGGUGAGCAUAUAUUACUGUUCCUAGUGCAAACUGUUGCCAGGCAAAGUGUUGAGCACUGUCAAUACAGGCCACCGCGCAUCAGAGAGGACAGAAAUCGCAAGGCAGCAAGUGCAGAUGAUUCUGAUAUGCCAGAUCAUGACCUGGAGCCUCCUCGAUUUGCUCAAUUGGCUCUGGAGAGAGUUCUGCAGGACUGGAAUGCCCUUAAGUCCAUGAUCAUGUUUGGUUCGCAAGAGAACAAAGACCCUCUUAGCGCCAGCAGCAGAAUUGCCCAUCUCCUUCCUGAAGAGCAGGUCUAUUUGAAUCAGCAGAGUGGCACCAUUCGUCUUGACUGUUUUACCCACUGCCUCAUCGUCAAGUGUGCUCCUGACAUCACUUUCAUAGACACUUUACUUGGCACACUGGUGAAGGAGCUCCAGAACAAGUACACUCCUGGUCGAAGAGAGGAGGCGGUCAAUGUCACGAGGAGAUUUCUACGCUCUGUAUCACGAGUAUUUGUAAUUCUCAGUGUGGAGAUGGCCUCAUCCAAGAAGAAAAACAACUUCAUCCCCCAACCGAUUGGUAAAUGCCGUCGUGUUUUCCAAGCGCUUCUACCCUAUGCUGUAGAGGAACUCUGUAAUGUGGCAGAGUCACUAAUUGUUCCAGUGCGAAUGGGCAUCGCAAGACCUACAGCCCCAUUUACUUUGGCUAGUACAAGUAUUGAUGCCGUCCAGGGCAGUGAGGAGCUGUUUUCUGUUGAACCACUUCCUCCGAGACCUUCACCCGAUCAAUCUAGCAACUCUAGCCAGACUACUGCUUCUUAUAUUAUUAGGAACCCCCAACCACGGCAUAGCAGCCAGUCUCAGCCUGUCAGAGGCAGGGAUGAGGAACAGGAUGACAUCGUUUCUGCAGAUGUGGAAGAGGUUGAAGUUGUUGAAGGAGUAGCAGGUGAAGAAGACCAUCAUGAUGAUCAAGAAGAACAAGGAGAGGAAAAUGCAGAGGCAGAAGGGCAACAUGAUGAGCAUGAUGAAGAUGGUAGUGACAUGGAGCUUGAUCUUCUCGCGGCGGCUGAAACGGAGAGCGACAGUGAAAGUAAUCAUAGCAAUCAGGAUAAUGCUAGUGGCCGUAGGAGUGUUGUCACAGCAGCCACAGCUGGCUCUGAAGCAGGUGCCAGCAGUGUCCCUGCCUUCUUUUCAGAGGAUGACUCCCAGUCCAAUGACUCCAGUGACUCAGACAGCAGCAGUAGUCAGAGCGACGAUGUUGACCAAGAGACAUUUCUAUUUGAUGAGCCUCUGGAAAGGACAACUAAUGCAUCCCAUGCCAACAGUGCAGCUCAGGCUCCUCGAUCCAUGCAGUGGGCUGUUAGAAAUACCCCCAGCCAAAGGGCAACUGGGAGUGCCGCACCCAGCUCCUCCACAUCAGCUGCGAGCUCCACUGGACUCAUAUAUAUCGACCCAACCAACUUGCGUCGCUCAAGUGCAAUCAGCUCCAGCGCUGCUGCAGCAGCGGCAGCUCUGGAGGCCAGCAACACCAGCAGCUAUCUGACAUCUGCUAGCAGCCUCGCCCGGGCCUACAGCAUUGUCAUUAGGCAGAUCUCAGAUCUAAUGAGUUUGAUUCCAAAGUACAACCAUCUUGUCUACUCGCAGUAUCCUGCCUCUGUGAAGCUAUCCUAUCAGGAUGCGGUCAACCUGCAGAACUACGUUGAGGAAAAGUUGAUUCCCACCUGGAAUUGGAUGGUGUCCAUCAUGGAUUCCACUGAGGCACAGUUGAGAUAUGGCUCAGCUUUGUCAUCUGCUGGAGACCCGGGUCACCCCAGUCACCCGCUCCAUGCCUCUCAACAUUCCGCUAGGCGGGAACGCAUGACUGCUCGAGAGGAAGCCAACCUCCGCACGCUUGAGGGCCGCAGGAGAGCAGCCACUCUGUUGACAGCUCGCCAGGGCAUGUCUGCACGUGGCGACUUCUUGAACUAUGCCCUGUCACUCAUGCGCUCCCACAAUGAUGAGCACUCGGAUGUUCUUCCUGUGCUGGAUGUCUGCUCGCUGAAACACGUGGCAUAUGUUUUCCAGGCGCUUAUCUACUGGAUUAAGGCCAUGAACCAGCAGACCACUCUAGAGACCCCACAGAUUGAUAGAAAGAGGAAUCGAGAGAUUUUAGAAUUGGGUUUGGACAAUGAGGACUCUGAACAUGAAAAUGAUGAGGACACCAAUCAAAGUUCAAAUUUACAGGACAAGGAUGAAGAAGCUGUUCCUGCUGAGACCGGUCAGAAUCAUCCUUUCUUCCGUCGCUCGGAUUCAAUGACCUUCUUGGGAUGUAUCCCACCUAACCCAUUCGACGUUCCCUUGGCUGAGGCUAUUCCAUUGGCAGACCAACCUCACCUCUUGCAGCCUAAUGCAAGGAAGGAGGAUCUGUUCGGGCGACCCUCUCAAGGCUUGUACUCCUCCUCCUCUUCUAUGGUAACCAAAGGUCUGGCUGACGCAAACGUGGACAGAAACUGUCUGGAGGUAAACUUGGGCACCUCUCUACCCUCCCCCUCUCAGGUCCUGCCCACUAAGAUGUCUUACUCAGCCAACCUGAAGAAUGUGAUGAGUAUGGAGACUGCUCAGCCGACUUCUGAGAACCAGUCACUUCCAGACCAGGAGCUGGAAGCCUCAAAAGGUGGCCCUUCACCCCACGACCUUGCUGCUCAGCUGAAGAGCUGCCUGCUUGCUGAGAUCGGCCUCACUGAAAGUGAUGGGCCGCCUCUUCCGUCAUUCAGACCUCAUUGUAGCUUCAUGGGGAUGAUGAUUUCACAUGACAUGUUGCUUGGACGCUGGCGUCUGUCACUGGAACUGUUUGGUCGUGUCUUCAUGGAGGAUGUUGGGGCUGAGCCUGGAUCGAUUCUCACUGAGCUCGGUGGCUUUGAGGUAAAGGAGUCAAAGUUCCGCCGAGAGAUGGAGAAGCUAAGGAACCUGCAGUCCCGAGACUUGGCGUUGGAAGUUGAUCGGGAUCGAGACCAGUUAAUACAACAGACCAUGCGUCAGUUGAACACUCACUUUGGCAGGAGGUGCACAACCACACCAAUGGCUGUACACCGAGUAAAGGUCACGUUCAAAGAUGAGCCGGGCGAGGGCAGUGGCGUAGCCCGUAGCUUCUACACAGCUAUCGCGCUGGCACUCCUCUCCAAUGACAAGCUGCCCAAUUUGGACUGCGUGCAAAGUGUCAGCAAGGGCAUGCAGGCCAGCAGUACGUGUCAUCACGAUUACAAUUCAAAUCUAAUGCAGCGUCUAAGAAACAGAGAUCGGGAAAGAGAGAGGAGAAGUGGAGGUCUACGAGCGGGCUCCAGGAGAGACCGGGACAGAGACUCUAGGAGACAACUAUCCAUAGACACCAGGCCGUUCAGACCAUCAUCAGAGGGCAACCCAAAUGAUGAGCCUGACCCACUGCCUGCCCAUAGACAAGCUUUAGGAGAAAGACUUUACCCACGUGUUCAUGCAAUGCAACCGGCCUUUGCCAGUAAAAUCACAGGCAUGUUGCUGGAAUUGUCCCCUGCACAACUUCUGCUGCUGCUGGCCAGUGAGGAUUCUCUCAGAGCCAGAGUAGAAGAGGCUAUGGAGCUGCUCAUUGCACAUGGAAGGGAAAAUGGUGCUGACAGUAUAUUGGACCUGGGACUUUUGGAGGCUCCAGAGAAAGCACAGCAACAGGAUAACCGAAAGCGCCAUGGUUCAACACGUAGUGUGGUGGACAUGGAGCUUGAUGACCCAGAAGAUGGGGAUGACAACGCUCCACUCUUUACCAGCCGGGGAAAACGAGGCUUCUACUCGCCUCGGCCUGGAAAGAACACAGAGGCCAGACUCAACUGUUUUCGUAACAUCGGCAGGAUACUGGGAUUGUGUCUCCUCCAAAAUGAACUCUGUCCAAUAACGUUGAAUAGACAUGUAAUCAAGGUCUUGCUUGGGCGAAAGGUGAACUGGCACGAUUUUGCAUUCUUUGACCCGGUAAUGUACGAGAGUCUGAGGCAGCUGAUCCGCCAUUCACUAGCAGGUGAAGCGGAAGCCGUUUUUGCUGCGAUGGAUUUGGCCUUUGCCAUUGACCUUUGCAAAGAGGAAGGGACCGGACAGGUGGAGCUUCUCUCUGGUGGGGUCAACAUGCCAGUAACUCCCCUCAAUGUGUACGAAUAUGUGCGGAAGUACGCAGAGCACAGAAUGUUGGUUGUGGCUGAACAGCCGCUCCAUGCGAUGAGGAAGGGUUUGCUGGAUGUACUUCCGAAGAACGCCCUGGAAGAUCUGACUGCUGAGGACUUUCGUUUGCUUGUCAAUGGUUGCGGAGAGGUCAACGUGCAAAUGCUCAUUAGCUUCACCUCCUUCAAUGACGAGUCUGGGGAGAAUGCAGACAAACUACUGCAGUUUAAGCGGUGGUUCUGGUCAAUAGUGGAGAAGAUGAGCAUGACAGAGAGGCAAGAUUUGGUAUACUUCUGGACCUCCAGUCCAUCCUUGCCAGCCAGUGAAGAGGGCUUUCAGCCAAUGCCCUCCAUUACCAUUCGGCCUCCAGACGACCAGCACCUCCCCACAGCCAAUACCUGCAUCUCGCGCCUCUAUGUGCCACUCUAUUCUUCAAAACAGAUACUCAAACAGAAGCUCCUGUUAGCCAUUAAGACCAAGAACUUUGGUUUUGUGUAGUUAUACAAAAAAAGAGUUACAAAAAAAAGUAAAACAUGUUUACUGUUGUGUAAUAUUUACUUAGCUCCAUUUUGUAGAUUUAUUUUUUGUCUAUACAAUUUUAUUAAAAUUCGACAUACUGUCGCUAUCUCCCCAGAAAAUAUUUGUGUUGUGAACACAAACUGUUAAUUUUUUUUUUCCCAAUUUUUAUUGUUUUUUUCUUUGUGUUAAAAUUAAAUGAAAAAGAUGUAUACAGUCCAGAACAUUCCUGCAUUGGCACUGUAAAAUGUAAAGCCCGCAGCUCUACUCUAUUAGCCAAAACGUUUGCUUCCCAGGAAUUUAGUCUGACAGAAAGCUGUCUGCCGAAACCCAGCCAAAGAUAACGGCAGUAGAGGUAUUUAAAAAAAAAAAAAAAAGAGACACUGUGAUAAUAAUUUUCCUUCCCAAGAAAAGUGCUAUCACUGAUAGUUCACUGCUGCCUUUGUUUGUUUUUUCUUGUACAGGGGGAGUAGGGAAUUUCAAAAUAAACUUGGAUGCAAAACGUU